GCUCCAUAGUGAAGGGUUGUCAGAGGAGGACACGCCUGCCCCCAGGUUCCUACAAUAUAGUAUCCACUCACUGGAUAUCUUCUAUAUAAGAUACUUCUCUGGAUUUACCCAACAAGAAUGGACAGGGACAAGAUGGCGGAGAGUAUAAUAAAUCUCACCCUAGAGAUCCUCUUCCGCCUUACUGGAGAGGACUACACAGUAGUGAAGAAGACCUCUAGUGAGCGCUGUCAGGACCCUGUGUCAGAAGGAUUGGGAAGAACCCUGAGCCAAAUCACAGGGCCUCCACCUCACCCCCUUAUACAUGAGGAAAUCAAUAGAGAGAAGAUCCUGGAACUCGCCAACAAGAUGACUGAGCUGCUGACUGGAGAGGUUCCUAUAAGGUGUCAGGAUGUCACCAUCUAUUUCUCCAUGGAGGAGUGGGAGUAUUUAGAAGAACACAAAGAUCAUUACAAGAACAUCAUGAUGGACGAUCACCGGACACCCACGUCAACAGUUAAGGAAGAGAUAAGAACACCGGAGAGAUGUCCUAGUCCUCUUCUUCCUCAGGAUGAUCAGCUUUCGAAUCCGGGUGAAGAUUUGAACAAUAUUAAUCCUACAGAGACAUAUGUGAGGGGUGAUGACAAGAGUAUAGAGGACAUUCCUACAGAUAACCGCCCAGAUGACUGUAACAGGAACUUAGAGAAACAUCUGAUAUCUUCAGAUGAUUGUGAUAUCACACAAGAUAUAUAUGAAGAGCAUGCCAAUAUCCAAGAUAUAUCUUCAUCCGAUCACAGCAAAAAUGUCUCAUUUGAUCCUUUUAAACAGGUCCGAUCUUCUGAUUCAUCACAGACUGUAACACAGAAUAAAAGUCACAGAAGAGGUGUUAAACAUCAAACAGUACACAUAAGAGGGAAACCAUUCUCAUGUUUAGAAUGUGGUAAAUGUUUUAACCAGAAAACACAUCUUGUUACACAUCAGAGAAUUCACUCAGGGGAGAAGCCAUAUUCAUGUUCAGAAUGUGGGAAAUGUUUUCACCAGAAUUCAGAUCUUAUUAAGCAUCAAAGAAUUCACACAGGGGAGAAGCCUUUUACGUGCUUAGAAUGUGGGAAAUGUUUUAACUGGAAAAAAAGUUUUGUUUCACAUCAGAGAAUUCACACAGGGGAGAAGCCAUUUAGAUGUUCAGAAUGCGGGAAAUGUUUUAACUGGAAAAAAAGUUUUGUUUCACAUCAGAGAAUUCACACAGGCGAGAAGCCAUAUAGAUGUUCACAAUGUGGGAAAUGUUUUAACUGGGAAAAAAGUUUUGUUUUACAUCAGAGAAUUCACACAAAGGAGAAGCCAUUUUCAUGUUCUGAAUGUGGGAACGGUUUCAACCAUGCAUCAGAUCUUCUUGAACAUCAAAGAAUUCACACAGGAGAGAAGCCAUUUUCAUGUUCAGAAUGUGGGAAAUGUUUUAACCUUAAAUCAUCUUUUCUUAAACAUCAGGGAAAUCACACAGGAGAGAAGCCAUUUUCAUGUUCAGAAUGUGGUAAAUGCUUUAAGCAUAAAUCAGCUAUUGUUAUUCAUCAGAGAACUCACACAGGGGAGAAGCCAUUUUCAUGUUCAGAAUGUGGUAAAUGUUUUAAGCAUAAAUCAGCUCUUCUUAGACAUGAGAGAAUUCACACAGAAGUCAAGCCAUUUCCAUGUUCAGAAUGUGGUAAAUGUUUUAGGCAUAAAUCAGCUCUUGUUAUCCAUCAUAGAAUUCACACAGGGGAGAAGCCAUUUUCAUGUCCAGAAUGUGGGAAAUGUUUUAAGCAUAAAUCAGCUCUUCUUAGACAUGAGAGAAUUCACACAGAAGAGAAGCCAUUUCCAUGUUCAGAAUGUGGUAAAUGUUUUAGGCAUAAAUCCGCUCUUGUUACACAUCAAAAAACUCACACAGGAAAGAAGCAAUCUUCAUGCUUAGCCAACUAGUGACCACCCCUACGUGUUAUGGUGGUAACUAAUUAGAUUUAUUUAAUCAGAUUCUUCUUUUUAGUGAUCAUGGGCGUAUAGCUGUGGUGCCCAUUUUGUGGACUGGAAACAGUGGGUCAGUGCCCUCGAUAUACGGGCACUGACUAUGUGCACUCCAUAUCACAGAUGAGGACCCAUUAACUUGAAUGGAUCUGUAAUCCUUAAGAUAUUCCGAGGUGUGGAGCAGAGACACAGAUCGAAGCGCCUCUGGGGGAUUUCGGUCCGUGCAUCUGCACCACAAAAAAAUUGAAUAUGUUCUAUUUUUUAGUGGGGCAGAACCUAUCUUGCGGAUUGUGGACCCAUUCAAGGGAAAGGGGCUGCAACCACAAACUGCAUGCACUCGUCCUGUGCCUGUGCAUUGCGGACCGAGGCACACACGCUUGUGUGCAAGAACCCUUUUUAGAGAUAAAACAGCACCUAGCUUUCAUCCACUAGAGGUAGCGGAGGAUUCGGAUCAAUGAUUGGGACCACUGUGAGAGCUCCCCAAACACGCAUGGUCUCCUUUAUUGAAUGAAUACCAAUGAUCAAAGGACAUCGUGAUCCAAUCAGAGCGGACCGCUCACAGCCAGGGAGAUGGAGCGAGAUUCCUUCUCCCUGGCUUUAAGCGGUCCGCUCUGAUUGGAUCGCGCUCACUGCCAGGGAGAAGGAGACACCCACAGCAGAAGACUGCGUCUCCGCCCCGGUGCGAUGUUACAGCUCAUUACAAUACAGCGCGCCAAAAUAAUGGGGCACCACAGCGGAGAAACAUAUAUCUCCUUUAAACAAAAAUGUUUGGUUAGAGGAAAUAAAAUAAAAAAAUACAGUUUUCCAGGGGCACCCCCCAGCCUGUGAUCGGUAUGGGGACCUUCCAUUCCUGUAAAACUGAAAUUAAAUGGACUAUGGGAAUGUCCAUAAAAUAGAGCUGGAUUCCCAUAAGCGCUGGUGUCUAGACAUAUGGAAAAAGGGGCGUCAUUCACACUUGUAAAUGGCCAGUUACUUGCAGUCAAGUGGAAUGACAGAUAGGAUGUCUGCAGGCUUUCCACUGAGCAAGAGGGGUAGUAAUAGAGACAGGGGUCACCACUGGUAAGAGUAAGCCUGUCUGAGUGACACAUCGUAAAUCUAAGGGAGUAGUGUAUCUUUCAACCAUCCCUGGUGUAGUACAAAAAGCCAGGGCCUAAUAUAAAAAGAUAAUCAUCUACCU